AAGUGAAAGAUGAAACAGAUGUGGAGGAAGACAGCAAACCCAAUGAGACAAAAAAAAACAUCUGAAACCAUCUGAGAAAGUUAGAAAAGCAUUUUAUAGAGCAGAGCAUGGACAGAGAGGCUGCAAUAACAACCAGCAAGAAGCAUGACCACUCCUCUAGCUAGCCUCAUCUUUAGCCUUGCAGUUUUAGGUAGGAUUAGUGCUGAUACGUUGACCCUGGAGGGUCACGUUGGAGGAGAUAUUCAGAUCAGGUGUUCCCAUAUCAAUGCAGAUGACAAUGUCAAGUACUUCUGCAAGGCGCCCUGCAUGACUGAGAGUGACAUUCUCAUUAAAAGUGCAAGAAGUGGUGACCCAAAUAUAGAGGGGAGGUAUUCGUUAUUUGAUGAAGGUUCUGGAGUCUUCAUGGUGACCAUCUUUAACCUGAAGAAGUCCGACUCUGGGACUUACUGGUGUGGAGUGGAAAGAUUACAUAUACAGUCCCUACAUGAGGAAAGAAAAUUCCAGAAAGUGACUCUGGCAUCCUCCCCCCAACAAAGUCUCCAGUGGACACAGACAGCUCAUGUUCAGCAGAACAGCCAAGCGACAUCAUGUUUUGUAUCAAAUGAACGCAAAAUAGAGCUUAUCCUCAUGUUAUGUGGCUCACAGGAGGUGAAGCUGGAUGGGUGCAGCGUGUUCAGAGUGGACAGGAUGGCAGAGGACUGUGCCCUAGAUGAAUGGAGAGGGUUCACCUGGUGCUAUCUUCAACCUGUCACUGGCUCAGGUUACUGUCCCCACCUGCUGGAAAACAUAAUACCAAUGCCAAAGCAUCCUGCUGCAGGGACUCCUUCCACCCCAGCCACAGACCGUAAAACAUCCUGCCAUCCAGGAGGAGACACAGGAGUAUCUGGGACAGAACCCGUUGACUCAGGUCCAGCUUCUUCCCAACAAGCAUCACACUGCUAA